AUGGCUGCCGUCAUCACGACUGUGUCUCCUGCUGUGUCUCCUGCUGUGUCUCCUGCUGUGUCUCCUGCUGUGUCUCCUGCUGUGUCUCCUGCUGUUGUCGUGCCUCCGACCCCUUCCGCCGGUCCCUCAAAGGCUUCUCUGGCGUCUACCGCCCCGCCUCCAGCGCCAGUGAUAAUUGAAUCACACAGUGCGCUGCCCCCAGACCACGCUCAACCUGGCCUGGUGGUUAUCUGGGGAAGAUUUAAGGCAGUCGAACUCAGAUCAUGUUGCGACUACCCCGAUCUGCCCCCUCCCCGAAACAUUCCAAGCAGCGCAGUGGCGGGAGGACCCCCGGACUACGACGGAGCCUUUCUGUUGGAAAUUUGUCCUGCCCAUCUGGGCGGGGUCAAAUGCAUGCAUCCUAAUUGUGUGCAGAUCAAGAGAUGCGAGGGGAAGGAUACGUGUGCCCUGGAGAAUGGUGCCCGCAUGCCCACCUUGUUCUGCCUACCUGCCGAAACUUGUUGA